AUGUCCUGGUCGACUAGAAUCGGCUUUGGCGCACCCUUCGACAAGGUCGCCGAGCUAGCUCGCGCCGAACGUCCAUUGAUGAUCGCUAUACAUGGUCUUCCUGGCUGCGGCAAGAGCUAUACCCUCAAUGAGCUCUCAAACCUCCUUCCCUCUGAGCAAUACCUCUUCUUCGAGACUUCGGCUAUCCUCUCCAAACUCUCGCGCGGCCUUGAUCAGUUCGAAAAUGCCGAUGCAGAGCACAAAUUUGCUCUCCGUGCUGCUACCACACAAGAGAUUGCUAGAGAAUGCACUGUAGUCGACAAUGCAGGCAUCGCAACCGGCUUCUCCUAUCUAUCAGACGAAAGACACAUAGAAGGCGCUCAAGAUAUCGAUACCCCUAUCGACUGCUCCCGCUACUCGUGCGUCUUGUUUCUGCAUGUACCUGUGCAGGUACUGAUCAAACGCCGUAUGCUUGGUUCUAAAACCACUGGUCGUAAACGUCUGCACAAAACUCAUAUCGUGGAGAUCAAUCUGCUAUCGCAGUGGCAGGAUGAUGAGUGCGAGAGGCUUAGGAAAUUAUGCAAGGAGGGUGGUGUUGCCUUUGAGAAGAUUGACAUGGGCAAGGUCUCAUUCGAAGAUAUUGCUGAGUUGGUGCGUGGUGUUAAGAAGGAGCGGAAGAGCAAAGAGGAGGCCAAGAAGGAGUAA